AUGCUAAUCUAUGAAAUAAACCCUGCUUUACUGCCACCCCGAGAGCGAGGAAGGCCUACUGAGGCCUUAAUAGAGGCUAUGUCAACUGUUGGCCUCUCAUCCACCACGUUCACCACUGGUGGGCCGGCUCUGGAGUUUGGACGGCCCACCGCAGUCACUGGGAUUCCUGGCUCUGAGUGUCUCAUCCGAGUUUCUGCCCCAAAUCUAAUAGCCUACAAUGAUUCUGCAAGUAAAUCUCAGUUAGACGCUACCGAAAAAUCCUCUCGCAGGCGACGAUUGUCCUUAGAUGAGUUCGAAGCACCGGAUAUUAAGCGGGCUCGUCUUGAAGCAUCCUCUGGGGUCGGAAAAGUCACAGGUAAUCUAUAA